CAUGUACGUACGUGAGUUUCGCUAGGUAUAAAUACCUCACGUCUUGACUCACUCUGCGCACCUCACGGCCAAAGACAUCAAAGCAGAUCACCAUGAAGGUUGUAGCAGUGAUUGUUGCUCUAACAGUCCUCUCAGGCUGCGAUGCCUGGUACUUGCAGGACGCGCCUAAGGAGCCAUGGGAGCUGGCUGUCGACCGCUUCUGGGACUACGUGGCGGAGAUCAACACCAGAGCCGAGGAGAUGAAGAAGACCAUCGAGAGCUCUCAGCUCAGCGAGGACAUGGACAAACUCAUCAAGGACGUCACGGGAGACCUGAAUAUGUACCGAGAUGACCUCCAAAACAAGCUGGGGCCCUUUGCCCAGGAUGCGGCUGAAAAGCUGGGUCAAGACAUGACACUGCUGGGCAACAAACUCCGCGACCACCUGAACGAGGCCAAGGGCAGGGCGGCAGAGUACAGCGAGGAGCUGCAGAGCAUGGCAGAGCAGAACGCCGAUGAGGUGGCCAGCCGGAUGAAAAUCUACGUCCGCAAGCUGAAGAAGCGCUUGGGCAAGGACACAGAGGAGAUCCGCAACAAAAUGGACACCUAUGUCGGUGAACUGCAGUCUCGCACCAACGAGCGUGUGGAAUCUCUGCGUGAGCGCCUGGAGCCCUACCUGACCGAUGUGCUCCAGCGUGCCCAGGAGAAGGCCCAGUCCAUCGGCCAGAUGGUGCAGACCCAAGCCGAGGAUGUGAGAGAGAAGCUGGAGGUCGGAGCCUUCAACCUCCAGCAGCAGCUGGAGAAGACCUCCGAGAACCUGCGCUCCACCCUGGAGAGCAAGUGGGGCGAGCUGAGUGCAUGGUUCAAGCCAUACGUCACCGAGAUUCAGGAGAACCUGAACUCCUACAUGUAGACGGAGUGGACUCUUGACCCCUUGAGUGUCACACUUUGGCUGACUGUGUGUGAUUUUUCUUCAUUAAAAAGCACGUUCCACACAGUGAAAAUGUUAUGAGGCUUGUUAUUUCACAUCCAGAUGGUCAUGAAUAAAAACGUAUAAGCCCA